AUGAAUAGAUUUUUUAGAGAAAAUCCCAGGCCUCAAGAGCAAAGACCAAUAACCAAGGCAACCAAUGCAGAGUGGAACACAUUAUUGGUUGAUGAUGAAAAGAACAUAUUCUAAAAGGUUCUACAAGCUUCUCAAAGAAAUGCAUUGACUAUGGGAAAGUCCUCAUAGAUAAAGAUGAAGCAAAAACAGUAGGCUAAGCUACUAAAGAUAAUUAAACAAUAAAAAUAAAGUCAAGAAGAUAUUUAGGGUCCCGCUAAAAAUGGUUAGAAAGCAAAAAUAGAAUCAGAGGAUGCCAAAAAGCAAAAUGAGAGAGAACUAGAUAAUAUUUCUAGCUCUGAUGAGAAAAAUGAAAUCUAAGAAGUCUAUGAAUUAAGUAAAAAGAUCUCUCAUCAUAAUAAUUGCAACCAUAUAGAAAAGACAGGAAAGCAGAGCUAAAAAUCUGAGCUCGAAGUCGAGCAAUUGAGGCAAGAAAGAAUGCAGAGAAUUAUCUUGGAUGAGGAAUCUGAUAUCUAUCAAUCAAUACUUCCAAAUAAAUUUUUCAGACAAUAUAACUGUUCUGCUGAUAGUGUAUAUGGAGGUAAGUUUACCACAAGGGGCAAUCUCUAUUACUCUUCCUCUCAGGGUGAGGUUGUACUCUACAACACCUCAGAUCCGUAUAACUGGAUUUUAAAGAAGAGGAUACAAGCAAGGGAAAUAUCUUGGACAGUCACUGAUAUGGAUGUAUGCGAAAAUGAAUAGUAUCUUAUUUAUUCAACUAUCAAUCCAAUCGUCCAACUCGUGGAUCUUGAAACUUUAGGUAAAAAGACUGAACGCAUUAAAUUUGAGGAUCAUCGAGAUGAUGGCUGGUAUCGUGGUAGUGGAAUUAUGUCUAUAAAGUUUUCUGGUGAUAGUAGAGAAAUUUUAGCUGGUACGAAAAGUUCUGAAAUCAUGGUCUACGACUUGAUCUCUAAUAGAGUUAGCACAAGAGUUUUAUAAUCUCAUGACGAUGAGAUUAACUCUGUAUGCUUUGCUAACAGAAUGCAUUCAAACAUUAUCUUUACCGGUAGUGACGAUUCUUUGAUUAAAAUUUGGGAUAGAAGGGCACUUGGAAACAACAGAGAAGUAGGUGCAUUCGUAGGUCAUUGUGAGGGUAUCACUCAUGUUGCAAGCAAGGGAGAUGGAAUACAUGUAGCAUCAAAUGGCAAAGAUUAGCUUCUUAAAGUUUGGGAUCUCAGGAAAAUGGUCUCUGCUGAAAGACUCCGAUCUGUAUAAAAGCCAAGGGGUUAUCCAGGAUAUGAUUACAGAUCUGACGAUUACCCAUGGGCCAACAGACAAGUAAAACAUGCAGAGGACACUUCCAUAUUUACAUUCAAAAAUCAUAAAGUAGCAAGAACCCUGAUAAGAUGCAACUUCUCACCCAUGUAAACAACAGGUCAGAGAUACGUUUAUACCGGCUCUUCAAAUGGAAAAGUUCACAUUUAUGAUUUACUAACAGGCGAUUAAGCUGUAGUCUGUUAGAAUGGCCAGAGUGGUAAUUAAUCCGUCAGAGAUGUUUCUUGGCAUCCACAUUAUCCAAUUAUAGCUUCAACUUGCUUCAGUGGUAAAGUCAACCUUUGGACUCCAUAGAAUGCUAAACUUGAGGAAAAUAAGAGUAGUCAGCAUAAUAAGCAAGCAAAUCACCAAACCUCGGAUGAUAGAUUCAUGGCUAGAGCCAAUUUUAGCAAUGUAGACACAGAUGAGGAAGAUGAGAUUAUAGAUGAUGUGUUUUAACAGCUUGGAGGUGGUCCUAGGGAAAUUAACUUCCAAAGACUUUUGCUGAAUCUAUUGAGAGGAUAACUGGGAAGCAGGCCUUAAUAAGAAGAAGUUGACAGUGAGAUCUAAUCAAAUGGCAAUAAAGAUGAAGAGGACAAAGAUGAUGCUAAAUGA